AUGGGUUCUUGGGGGUUCAGACGAAGACUGGAUCAGGCUUCACAGGGUCAUGGGAAUUAUCAACGUGGAUCAUAUAUACCUCGACUACGGCUCCUCCCGCCCUGGUCUACAUUCAUUGUUUUCUUAACGCCAAGUCCAUUCAUUCGCAACCUCGUGAUAUUAUCUCAUAUCAGGGCUCUCAACAUGUCUUCAAGUGGCAAGGAACUGAACUUCUUGAGCGUCAUUGCCUAUCCCAAGGCCCCCAUCAAGCCCAAUGUCGAUAUCGUCGCUGUCCACGGACUAAAUCUUUCGGGUGCGGAGGAUCACAGCUCCGAGGCAUGGACCAGUGGUGGCAAGAUGUGGUUGAAGGACUUCCUCCCUUCAAAAAUGCCCCAAGCCCGCAUCAUGAUGUAUGGCUACGAUGCUAUCCCUGCCUUCCGCAAGUCGCGUGAGGGUAUACAAGAAUGGGUUGCCGAACCUGAUCGACCGCUCAUAUUCGUGUGCCACAGUCUUGGGGGAAUAGUGGUGAAGAGAGCUAUGACGGAAGCGAGACAGAACGAAAGAUACAAGGCAAUCUACGACGCAACAUACGGCAUGGCAUUCUUUGGGACACCUCACAAUGGCAGUAAACUCGCUUCACUCGCUUCAGUUGUUGCCAAUGUUUUCAGUGUAGUUCUUCGCAACCCUCAACCAAGCUUCAUGGAAGCGCUGAAAAGGAAUUCUCUUUUUGCCGACGUCAUAAGAGAUGACUUUAGACAUGGCCUGGAAAAGUUCCACGUGUUGAGCUAUUAUGAGACUAUUCCGCCCGAGAACAUGACUGGGCUAGUCGUCGACAAAAAGUCGGCCGUGUUGGGUCUUCCAAGCAGUCAGGAAACGCCUAUCUCUCUUGCGGGCAAGGAUCAUUCGGCGCUAUGCAAGUUUGACAACGAAGAGAGGCUAGUGAUUGCAAGAAGGUCAUGUUUGGUAUAUCAAAGCUAUGUGCUGCUGCUGUUGCUGCGAGGUUGA